AUGACCGGCAAUAACUCUUCUCUCCUCAGCAGCUUUGUUCGACAGCUUCACUCCGAGUUUGCUACUAAAGAUUUGGGCUCGCUUAGCUACUUUAUUGGUCUUGAAGCGACUCCCACUUCCGGUGGUCUUUUCCUUAGUCAAACCAAGUAUGCUCGAGAUAUUCUUGUCCGGGCCCAACUCCUUGAUUGCAAACCUGUUACUACCCCUAUGGUCGUGGCUCAGCGGCUCUCUUCUGAUGGCUCCCCCUUUACCGACGUCACUCUCUACAGCUCUCUUGUCGGUGCCUUGCAAUAUUUGACUAUCACUCGGCCUGACAUUACUCAUUCUGUUAAUUCAGUCAGUCAAUAUUUGCAUGCACCCACCAAUGACCAUUUUCAAGCUGUCAAACGUAUCCUUCGUUACAUCAAAGGAACACUUCAUUUUGGCUUGACGUUUACUGCCUCAUCCUCCACUGGUAUUGUUGCUUACUCAGAUGCUGACUGGGCAGGCUAUCCUGACACUCGUCGCUCCACUACAGGUUAUUCCAUUUACCUUGGUGACAAUCUUGUCUCUUGGAGUGCUAAGAAGCAACCCACCGUCUCUCGCUCCAGUUGUGAGUCCGAGUAUCGUGCUCUUGCCGUUACUGCUACUGAGGUCCUUUGGUUAACGCAUCUCCUUCGUGAUCACCAUGUUCCUACUACACAUCGCCCUCUUCUUCUCUGUGAUAAUAAGAGUGCUGUGUUCUUAAGCUCUAAUCCGGUUUCUCACAAGCGCUCCAAACAUAUUGAUCUUGACUAUCAUUUUCUUUGGGAACUUGUGGUGUCCGGUACUAUCAACACUCAACAUGUCCCGUCUAAUCUACAAGUUGCAGAUAUCUUCACCAAGAGUGUCUCUCGGUCUCUCUUUGUGUUUUUUCGCUCCAAGCUUCGUGUCUGCUCUAAUCCCACGCUCAGCUUGCGGGGGGGUGUUGAGGAUUCUCCGCAAUCCUCCUUUGAUUCUUAG